AUGGUGGAGGUGGACGUGUUGGACGCAGUCAUGAAGCUGGAGAAUGUUACCCUGGAUGCGGACGAAAACGACCACGUGGUGGAUGUUGGGUUGGAGGUAGAUCUUUUCACGCAGGCUAUCCCGAACGUGGAAGACCUGCCGGAGGAGACGUCCCCUCGAUCGGCUCGGUGCACCACGGCGGCGGAAACUGCCGGCCGUGCGCGUGGUUUCACAAGCCGGGCGGGUGCACGAAUGCCAAGGAGAGUGCCGCCACUGCCACUUGUGCCCAGAGGGGGAGAUCAGGAUGCGCAAGAAGACCAAGGUGACCGCCAUCCGCAGCACGGUGUCCGAGCGGCCGCCGACCAUGGGCCACAUGGUGACGACGUCGAGCGAGAAAUCUGUGCGGCCACCUCCCGGACUUGGGCCGGCUCCCGGACUGGGGCCACCCGCAAUG